UAAUACCUCUCAGGUCCUUCUCUCUGAAGGGUUUGGGAUUACUUAGCAGUGUGUGGCCUUUGCAAGGGGGACAGCUCAGUCAGCUCUGGCUGGACAUUCCAGAUGCUCCUGCAGGGUGUUCAUGCACAUCUUGAGUACACACAGCCUCUGAGAUGGCAAAUGACAUAAAAUAGCUUUACCUCCACAGAGGCUUUACAUGCAUUUUGACUUCAGUGUGCUCACUGGGCCUACUUACAGUAGCCACUGUAAGCAGGCUAAAGAUAAUUUCUUAAUUCCACCAUUUGCUGCUUAAAAAUUGUUUGGGCUACCCACCUCAUAAUCUGGGAGUGAAAGCAGCUUUGGGAUUUUCAGUGCUUUUUGGUGUGAAGAUUGAAUUAUGUUGGGUUUCUCUUAGAGGAGACUGUGAAGUAUCUGGUUGUGGCAAGUUAAGCCUGUAGAUUGUGUGAGGAGUGAGGUCAGAUUCUCCUGCUUUGGCUGCAUCAGAGUUCCAGUGCAAAAACUGCUGGACAUAAACAACUGCUGAGAUAUCUCAUUUUCCGGUUUCCCACAAAGGAAAAAACAGCAGCUGGGUCUGAGAUGAUUUAAAUGGGUUCCUGGUUAUUUCUACAGCUAUCUUCAGUUUCAUCAACAGAGUGCAAACUGGGAAGGAAGGACGGACCCUAAACUAUGCAAUUUAUUUAAAAAGACUGUUUCUUACAUAUUUUUUUUUAAAUGCUUCUAUCUUCAGUCCUGGCCCUAGAGGAGAAAAAUGUGCCAAGGCCCCAAGAAGGCAUACUAGAAAUGCCGUCUGGCUGAGAAUUUUUGGGACAGGGAGGUUGCUGGUACUUCAGCAAACAUGUGUUUGAAUCUUUCUCAUCUUGCUUUACAGUCACCUGAGGUGAAAAAAGGAUGAAUAUUUAAGCAACAAUCUUCAGUCCUGCAUCAAAAUGUCCCUGUGUGCAUCUUCUCACAAGGACUUCUCUCAGUUGCUGCCGCUUCAGGAUAUGGGAUGCAAUAAAACAGAAAUUAAGAACUCACCCACUGGUAUCAUCUCUCCAGUUCCCUACAGCUGUAAUCAGUCCACGCUGACAGCAGAACACAGCCCAGUCUAUAUUCCCUCAUCAUACAUGGAAAACAGACACGACUAUUCUGCUGUGGCAUUCUGCAGUCCUGCUAUGAUGAACUACAACAUCACCAGCAAUUUUGGUGAUUCAGAGAGUGCAUCUGUGAGGCAAACAUCAAGCCCCAAUCUGUUAUGGUCUGCUCCUGGCCAUCUCUCCCCUCUGACCUUGCACUGCCAGUCCUCACUUCUGUAUGCAGAGCAGCCAAAGAGUCCAUGGUGUGAAGCAAGAUCGAUGGAGCCAGUGCUACCUGUGACCAGAGAAACAUUAAAAAGAAAAACUAAUGGCAAUGACUGUACAAGCCCAAUUGCAAAUAAUCCUGGCUCAAAAAGGGAUGCCCACUUCUGUGCAGUCUGCAGUGACUAUGCUUCAGGAUACCACUAUGGGGUCUGGUCAUGUGAAGGUUGCAAAGCAUUCUUUAAAAGAAGUAUUCAAGGACAUAACGAUUACAUCUGCCCAGCUACCAACCAAUGCACAAUAGAUAAAAACAGACGCAAAAGCUGCCAGGCGUGCCGGCUGCGGAAGUGUUAUGAAGUGGGAAUGAUGAAAUGUGGUUCAAGAAGAGAACGUUGUGGAUAUCGGAUCCUGCGUCGCCAUCAAAAUUCAGAAGAUCAGGUGCAUUGCUUUGGCAAAGCUAAGAAGUACAACGGGACAGGAACCCGUGUGAAGGAGAUCCUGCUCAGCACAGUCACUCCAGAGCAGUUUGUUUUAACACUACUUGAAGCAGAGCCUCCCAAUGUCUUGGUGAGUCGUCCCAGCAAACCAUUCACGGAGGCCUCCAUGAUGAUGUCCCUGACAAAACUGGCAGACAAGGAGCUGGUUCACAUGAUUGGCUGGGCAAAAAAAAUUCCUGGCUUUAUUGAUCUCAGCCUCUAUGACCAAGUAAGACUCUUGGAGAGCUGCUGGAUGGAAGUUUUAAUGGUUGGUUUGAUGUGGAGAUCCAUUGACCAUCCUGGGAAACUGAUAUUUGCUCCAGACCUUGUACUAGACAGGGACGAGGGCAAAUGCGUAGAGGGAAUUUUGGAGAUCUUUGAUAUGCUCCUGGCCAUGACCUCGAGGUUCCGAGAGCUGAAACUGCAGCACAAGGAGUACCUGUGUGUCAAGGCAAUGAUCCUCCUCAAUUCCAGCAUGUUUCCCUUGUCAACAGAAGAACCUGAGAGCAAUAGGAAGCUGCAUCACCUGCUCAAUGUAGUGACAGAGGCGCUGGUGUGGGUUAUUGCGAAGAGCGGGAUCCCCUCGCAGCAGCAGACCACUCGUCUGGCCAAUUUGUUGAUGCUCCUCUCUCACGUCAGACAUGCCAGUAACAAGGGAAUGGAGCAUCUCCUGAGCAUGAAGUGUAAGAACGUGGUGCCCGUGUAUGACUUGCUGCUGGAGAUGUUGAACGCACACACUUUCCGAGGCCAAAGGAAGUCCCCGGUCACGCAUCCUGAAUUCGGCCCCUUGGAACAAAUGGAGACUGGAGACAGUCUGAGAAACGGGGCAGCCCAGUAAUUCUGCUGAGAGCUGGAAAUGUGAUGCUUGUUCCAAGCUACGGGAGAAAGCAAAGCUGCUGUGAUGGGACUGCUGAGGUGUGAACAGUGUGAGUCUUCAUCUCUUCUAGCUUUGCACACUGGUGUCUCGGGGAAGGCUGGUGGGACACGCGCCUCUGUCCGUGUUUCUGACAUGACAGUAGCUGCACUUUUACAGUGCCUUGUCUGAGACUCUUCAAAAGCACCUUAUGACGUUAAGCCUCAGAACAGCACUGCGAGACAGGGAAUUACUGCCUCUCCUUUUCAGAGGUGGCUGAACUGAGACAGAGAGAUGAAAGGCCUGGUUCAAGAUGGCAGAAGUCUUGUGUCCGGGCUGGGAGUCAGCACCGAGGUCUCCAUCUCCCAGACAAGGUUUUGAAGCCCUGACUAGAUGGUCUCCUCUCUCAGCAUGAGAUUCUGUGGUAUCUAGAGCAGCACUGCUUGGGACAGAUCUGCUGACCUGGGUGUGCUGCUCCUUGGGGAACACCUACUUUGCUGAGGACUUUCUUCUAUUCUUAAAUAUGCAAUGGCUGCAAAGGUCUUUGUUUGGAGGCCAUUCAGAAUAGAUUCUAGGGCCAGUUCAGAGCCUCUUCAGAAAUGUUAAACCAAGCUUAAGUUUCUAUUUUGUGAGCCUGUUCUUUACACUCACAUUAUCUCUGUAUAAUACUUCAGUGCUUUCAACAAUGACCAAGCUGCCUAGAUAUUUCAGUGCUGACCUUUGAAACGUGUUUUAUCUGCGAGAUUAACGUGUUGGUUUAUAUAUUUAUUAAUGAUGUUCAAUCUAGUAUGAUAUUUAGGUACAAGAGGCUGCUUUGUGAAAACUGUUUGCAUUUGUAUAUGAUCUGCUAAUCAGGGCUUGUGAAAUCAGCUAGAAACAACCUUUCUUUCCUCCCAUUUUGACUCACCUGGGGAAUGAUGCCCUGCCCACCUGAAACCUCUCGCAGAGGGUGAGGCAGUGGAGGGGACCCUAAGCUGGGAGCUGCUUUUGCCUGCUGCCCUCAGGUUUGCUUCUUGCUUGUUUUCAAAGUGCAUGGCACCUUCUGCUGUGGUUUUCACCUCUUGUAUCAGAUCCCUCAAAGAGGAGGGAUUGAUGGUUCUGGCACUUCUGCUUCACUAAUGUGAUGAUUUGUCGGAAUUUCACUGAAGUUAUGGGUUUAAACCUCCCUGUUGUGCUGAUUUCUGCAUGCCUUUAAGCUGCACUGAGCAAAACAAAUCCAGAGGAAAUAUCUUGGCCAAUGACCUCAGUGAGGAGCAGGAUGGCAUCUUGCAUUCUGGCAAGUGCCAAAAUUGCAUUUGGAUGAGGGCUGGGCUUGCCAUCACUCUAAAUGGGUAUCUUUAAAUGUAACACAUAGAUGGUCUGGACAUUUCAGGUAUGGUGAAAUUAAAUUGGCAUCACACCAGAAGUUUAUUUUAAGCCAAUAAGUCUUUUGGAUUUGGGACUUCGAUUAGCAUGCCAUUUGCAUACUUGGAAUAUGAGUCAAACCUUUGAACUUAGUGUUUUUUCAAAGCCAAAGACAGUAUUUUUUAUAGAAGCAUAAAGAGUUUUCAGUGAGUUACACAAAUUUGUUGUCUUGUUUUGAUCUUAUACUAUACCACCAGCUGCUGGUCUAAAUUUUUAUUAGCUGCCUUUUUACUGUUUUUAGAAACUGUAAUAUAGCAGUGCCCUUCUAAAUGAGUGCUUCAAUAAUAUUUACAGCAAAAAAAGGGGAAAAAAUGUGGGUACAGUCUGGAAUUCACUGGUACUUUCAUUUUGAGGGAAAGUUUUGCUGAGAAACAGAUGUAUUUCAGUGUUUCCUGGGCUUGUUCACCGGGCCACAAUGCCUGUUUUGCCUGUUUUAUUGUUCUUUUUCUGGUUUUCCUUAUUCUGUGCAGUCUUCUUGUUAAAUACAGUUUUUCAAAGAGAUGA